GUAGUCAUUAUUGGCAUUUGUCACGUCGUUUAUUCGUCAUUAUUUAAGAAGCAUGGAGAAGUGGUUACAAGAAAAGUUAUCUGAGAUCUUAUACUUUCCGAUUGAGGACAGUUUAGUCCAGUCUAUUUUGCAUAUAGAAAAUGAGAGAGAUUUAGACGAUUUCUUUGCAACUUUAUUGGAUAAUGAGAAUCCAAAACAUAGACAAUUUGUAACGGAAUUAAAGAAGAAACAUGCUUCUUAUAACAAUCAAGUUAGAUAUAAGAAAACAAAUGAUAAUAACGAUGUUCCCAAGAAACAAAAUGACAAGAAAAAGGGGAAGGGAAAAGGAAAAGAAAACAUUCAGGCUUGGCUAUCAGGGCAGGUACAAGAGUCCAUAAAACCUGAGAUAAAGCCUGAGAAGAUAGAAAAGAAGAAAAGUACAUUUGUUAAUUUAUUAUCACAUGGAAAUAUUCUUUUAAAAGGUAGACAUAAAUGUGAUUGUGAAGCAAGUAAACAUCAAUUAAUUAACAAUUGUCUUAAUUGUGGAAGAAUAGUCUGUCUACAAGAAGGUCCGGGUCCAUGUUUGUUUUGUGGAGAACUUGUUUGUUCUCCAGAACAAGUAGUACCUCGAAGUAACACUAAACAGAUUGAAAAUUUGAAUACCAAACUAAUGGACCAAAAGCCAAACAAAACUCUUGAAGAUUCGCUUAAACAAAGAGAUAAACUUCUUGAAUUUGAUCGCAAUAGUGCCCGUCGUACUAAAGUUAUUGAUGAUGAGUCAGAUUAUUAUCAAUCAAAUAGCAUCUGGCUUUCCCAUGAAGAACGUAAGAAAUUAAAAAAACAAGAAGAAGAAAUGCAAUCCCGGAAGCAUGCGUCACGUUUAGAUAGGAAGGUUGCUAUAGAUUUUAUGGGAAGAGUAGUAGUUGAUGAAGAUCAAGCCAUCAAUUUGCAAUUCGAAAAUCUUGAUAAAACGAUACCAUAUAGCAAUUUUGAAAAUUCGAAUAUCUGUCCAACAAUAGAAUUUGAUUGUCCAACAUUUGUUGAGAUGGGAAUAUCUAAAACAAGUAACAAAGAAAAUCAUAUAUGGGAUACAGAAGGUAGAAUACAGGAUAAAGAAUAUUUGGAAAUGUUUGAUCAAGGUUUGUGCUUGAGCAUGCAUCAGCCUUAUGCAUCUUUGUUGGUGGCAGGAAUAAAAAUUCAUGAAGGUAGAAAUUGGUAUUCUUCACACAGAGGAAGAUUGUGGAUAGCAUCAGCUGCUAAAAUACCUUCCUCUGAAGAGAUAUCUGAGUUAAAGCAUAAUUAUCGUGUGUUGAAAAGUGAAAAAAUUGUGUUUCCUGAGAACUAUCCUACAGGUUGCUUAUUAGGGUGUGUAACAGUGACUGAUGUUUUACCUCAAAAAGAAUAUAGAAAAUUAUAUCCAGAAGGAGAAAGUGAUAGUCCAUAUGUUUUUAUCUGUGAGAAUCCUUACAUGCUACCAAUACAUUUCCCUAUAAAAGGAAAACAUAAAAUUUAUAAAAUGGAUAAGAAGAUUCAUCAAGCUGCUUCGAAAUGUUUAGAAAAAGCCAUGAAAAUAGCUGAUAACUAAUAUUUUCAUAUUCUGCAUUAUUUUUCUCUUUGCCAAAUAAAAUAAUUUUUUGCAAGAUA